AUGCUCCGCCCGCUCGCCGCCGACCUCCUCGCAGUUCCCAUGCCCACCGUUGCCGCCGUCACCGGCCACGCCUCCACCGGCGGGUGCCUCCUCGCGCUCUGCAACGACUACCGCAUCAUGCGCGGCGACCGUGAGGUGCUCUACAUGAGCGAGAUCGACAUCGGCCUCCCGCUCCCACCCAACUUCAUGGCUGUGCUGGAGGAGGUCUAG